UAUAUACAUACAUAUAGUAUAUACGCAUUUUUUUUUUCAAACGAAAUGAUUUUUUUAAAUAAUUCACUGAUAUAUAUUUUUGCGUUUGGUGCUUUUCUUCAAUUGUUAGUUGAAGUAAAGUCUCAAAUAAGUAACCCGGAUUUACGUUACGCUCAUACUGCUACAUUAAUUGAUGAUAAAAUAUAUAUAUUAGGCGGAGCAGUCCCUCCUCGUGCUGAUAACGGGAUACUACCAAAAGAAUCGUUUUUAUAUCUCGACGUCUCUACUCCUUUUAGCACUAAUAACGUAAAUUAUAUUGACAUCUCAAACAUCAAUGGCGUUCCAUUGAGUCGAUAUUCUAUAGCUGUUAAAGGUGGUGCAAACAAUAGUACGUUAUUCUUAUAUGGUGGUGAAAGCCUUGGCAAUCAAACAAGGGAAUUAGUUAAUACGUUUGAUGCACAACAUAACAUAUGGAGUGCUCCGAAAAUAACUGGUGAUCCUCCUCCCCAAGGAAAGAAUUUUAUGUUUCCUGCAAUUGAUUAUAAUGGGGGAUUUUAUACAUUUGGUGGGAGUUUUCCUUAUGUGAAUGAUAUGCAUGUCUUGGAUACAAUAAAUUUAAGCUGGAAAAAAUUCAGCUCAAUUGGUGCACCUAGUGUUAGAGAUGGUUAUGGUGCCGUAUUCUUACCAACCAAACAAAUUAUCUAUAUGGGAUUAGAUGGACAAAGUGUGAUUAUUUUUGGAGGGGAUUCAGCAAUCCCUCUAGUCGAAAAACUUUAUGUUUUAGAUGUAAAUAAAUUUAAAUGGAGUGUUCCGGGAAUCUCUGGAAAAAUUCCAGCAAGCCGUUCUUUUCAUAGGGCGUUGGUGGUUGGAAAUUAUAUGGUCGUAACUUUUGGUACGGGAUACGUGCGAGAAAAUGAUAAUGAUAUAUUAUUACUUGAUAUCAGUAAUAAAGAUGGAUUUGUUUGGACAACAUCUUUUGUACCUCCAUCACUUACUUCUCAAUCUCAAUCACCUACUUCUCAACUACCUAAUCAAUCAUCAUCACAUUCUAAUAUUAAUGUAAUCGGCGUAGCUAUAGGAAUUUCAAUAGGUGUAAUUGGUGGUAUUGCAUUGACAGUCGGAGGUUUCUUUUUAUACAAACAAUAUAAAAAUAGAAAAGAAAGAAGUAAAGCAAUACCAACUCCUGGAAAUGAGAGUAUUAAUAUCAAAUAUUCUUAAAAAAUUAGAUAUAUCAAACCCUAAGAACUGUAGUGGUUGAAAAAAGUUAUCGGAAUAAUUUUCCAGUCAAAAUUUAACCGGUAAUUUCGCAAAUCCACACCCUUUUUUAAACUCUUAUAUAUGCCAUAGACUUUAUUAUAUCAUAUUCUUAAAAUAAUUGAA